AUGGUGAAACCGGUUAGGAUCCCGCAAGAUAAUCAAUCUCCCCACGACCUUCGCCACGUGCUUAGCCGCCGUAUGGCAGUCCUCGCAAACCCUCAAGUUCUUGAAAACUCGAACGGGCCCACAGCCCGGGAUCCGCAUAAUCCCAUACGCAAUCGCCAGCUUUUCGCUGUGCACAAUCUUCGUGGCCGACACAUAACCGUCCUCUUUAAUCCGCAACUCCAGCUCAUCCAAGAACUCGUAAAUCCUCUCACUCUCUGCAUGCGACGUGUCCCCAACACAGAACGUGUGGAUAACGCCUUGCACCUCGACCCAGCUGUAACCGGGCGAUUUAUUGGCCCCAACAUCCCUCAUUUUUAA